AUGGCUGCAAGCUCAGUAUGCGAUCCCCUCCCGACCCCUCGCCCCAUUGAGACUACCUCGCGCGAACCGCCCGCCGCGACACUGCGCAGUGUUUUCCGUCGUGCCGCCAUAGCUUCAAUACUAAUUUUACCUCCUUCUAGACUCGGCACCGAGAUUCUCGUCCGCCUCAAGUGGGGUCAGCACGAGUAUAAAGGCAACCUCGUGAGCCUCGACUCGUACAUGAACAUCCAGCUGAACAACGCUGAGGAGUACAUCAACGGCAAGCACAACGGUACUCUGGGCCAGGUGGUAAUCCGAUGCAACAACAUCCUCUGGGUCACUAAGUUCGAAGGUACCGAGAUGACCGAUAUGACCGGCGAGGAGGAGAAACAGGAAUAA